AGGGAUUGAAGUCAAAGCUCGCAUAUCUUUUGUGAUUGUCUCACAUCCUCUUCUGCGAUUGUCUCAUAUCUUCUUCUUGAGUACAUUAUCUUCGGUUCUGCGGUGUAAUCUCUAUAUUGUCUUACAAAAUACGCACCCUUCUCGUGUAUUUCUACUUGUUGAUACUACUUGUUUGCUCUCUUCGUGUAUGAUUUCUACUUGUUGAUACUACUACCAUUGUAAAACUCCCUGAUCUUCAUCUUCUGUGUACAAUAAGUAUAAAAUGGAUAGCUUCCAAAGGGUAUGUAACUGAAACCUGCUCCUGCCUCAGCAAGGGAAAGUGUUUGAUGUCUUGCUAAAUUUCCUACAUGGAAAGAACUCCGUGUGCAGCAUUUUUAUCAUUCCAAGUCACACGUUUGUACUUUAAAAUGCGGAUGAAACCCGCCGAUAGAGAAGGAGUGAUAUUCCAUACGGAGGUUUCGCAAUACAAAAAAACACUUUGCUAUUUUUCUGGAAGGCGAGCACCUUCUUUCAGUUCGACAACAGACUGCAUUGCCAUAUUCUUUGUAAAGACGCCCCCAACCGACCCUGCUAGACAAAUCCGGACGUUUUGCAACUGGUGCAUGACAAGGUUAGCCGCAUCACAAAUCCAUCAAUAUAUCUUGUUCUAAUUAGUGCAUGACAAAUUGUAGUUGAUGUUCCCAGCUUGGAUAUAGAAAAUUAAUUCUCUUGCGCACGUUGAGGCUAAGAACCAUUUUCGAUAUGCCGAUUUGCAUCACAAAUCUGGAGUGGGGGACGUGUUCUUUCCAAGGGAUAUGUUACCGGCUCGUGCGCAAGCUAUUAUCAACGACCUAUCAAGAUGAAAACGAAUUCCCCCUCCCCAUGUCAAACAAAAAAAAGAGUUUGUGAUGCUGGAUUUGCGUACACAGAUAGGGUCUGUCUUGCUGUAAGGACCUGCAGCCAGAUCGUUAUCCUGCUCACGGGCGUCAGGACCUAGUUGUUUAGCAUGACAAACGCUUCCCCUGUGACGAGCCCAACAGCAUGACGAACAGCCUCCAUGAUUCGGGGCGCACCUCUGCACUUGCCUUCUUGCAAGACAGAACGGAUUUCUUGCCGCAAAUCUGCAUCACAAAUUUUGCUUUUGGGUACCAUGGGAUUGGGGAAUUUCUUCUCACGAUACGACCACGGCAACAACCUGGAGCUCACGCCCUCCCCCGAAAAAGAAGAAGAUCAGAACCUGGAGGACGAGGAUCAGAACCUGGAGGACGAGGGGAGUGUCCUGCAGCACCAGGACGACAACGUAAGUGCCCCGGCGCCGGGCGAGGUGGGUGGCGUUGCGUACAACGGCCAUACGCAUUACAAACGUGUAGUGCUCUGGGUCUACUGGAUGCUUUUCAUGCUGGCACUGGCUCAAUGACACUAAAGAUAAAGCGGUAGCAAACUGCACUGCCGUGCAACGCAUGACAAAUUGAAGCUUGCAACUAGAAGCCGGCAAUCGUACGUCACUAGUGCUGUCGUGAGAAGACACUUUUUGAAACACAGUAAUAUAUUAUGCCGAGGAUCAACCGUUGUGUCAUGCAUGACAAAUGCGUGCUUCAUUCGGAAAAAUGCGCAUCACAGGUUCAUCCCACUUCUCUAUCCGACUCAGAGGCCAACAUGUUUGCAAUGCAUAAGCCCGGGACGGGAUGAAGAUCUGGAUUUUGUCGAGGAGGAGGACGUAUCCUGUGCAAAAGUAUCGUACUCGUAUAAAUGCAUGACAAUUUUUUUUCUGAUUCUGAAGCUAAAUCCGCAUUACAAAUUUCAUUUCAACUCAUGCUGAGAAAAUUUGUAAUGCCUCUAUACGAGUACGAUACUUUUGCAGUUCAUAGGACGUCGGGGAGGAGGCGGAGGACGUCGGCGAGUCGGUGCAGGAUGAGGAGCCGGGCAUCCAGCUAUCAAACGCAAAAAUGGCUGGGUCUGGAAAUUUGUGAUGCGGAAUGGGAGUACUUAUUUUUUGAACAACCUCUGUAGAGCAUUCAAGCAUGACGAAUUCGUAGCACGUAGCUUUCUCGUGGUGUUUCACACACACUACAAACUGUAUUCUUGCAUGACAAAACAGGCGACACUACUUUUCAUCUUCUUGUUGUUUAUCCUACAUGCAAUAAAGAUUUGGCACGCGAAAUGCAAGACAACCAAAACAUGUGGUUCCACUCGUUUACGUUUUUAUUCCAGAGACACAGACAUAGUUGCAGUUGAUACGGAAUCGCAGCGGACUACUCGCUGGCAAACGAUACUGCGCUGGAAGAGUUCUGGACAACCGACCUGAAACAAGAUCACCCGUACGAGACCCGCGAGGCCUUGCUGUCAAAUUUGGUUGCGGAUGAACCGGAUCUCCAGCACGUCCGAAUUUUCGGCCUGGACGACACGGGGACGCCACAACCGCUGCAAGAAACCCAGCCGCCGGUCCAGGGACAGCCGGUGCAGCAGUCGGCCACCGAGAGCGCAACGGAUGAAGACUUUAUUUUGGAGGUCGACAUUAGCAGCAAGUUGCGCCAGAGCCUCUACUGGCCGAAACAACCAGAGCGGGCCCUGAGGGACAAGGAGCGCGAGGACAAGGAGGAAGAAGCCUACGAAAACGGCAAAUGUUUCGUCAAAUUACCCGAUUGCAUGGUCGACAAAAAAGGCCCAACGGGAAAGGUGGAAGAUUGGAUGCUCACCAAGGAGUUUCACGUCGCGGACAGUGACCACAGCUAUCCUCUGGAAUAAUAACGUCUCCACCCCAGAGGCGAGAUGGGAAUCCCCCUGCACAAAUCCACUCGCUUGUGCUCUGGUGAAGCAUACAAGUGUAGUCGUGGUUGGCUGUUGAAGUCACAUCACAAAUAUCGUAAAAGUUCCUUAAAGUCUGAUUAGAGCAUGAGAAGUCCUGCCAGAUCCAGCAGGCAGCAUGAGAAAUGAAUGCUCUUCAUGGGACUCGUCCUGCGCAUGAGACACGACAGCCUGGGCAUGCACGUCGGGGAUGAAAUAUGCAUGACAACACUGCUGGGGUACAAACGUUCUUUUCGCUCAGGAUAUUGACAAGAAGGAAGUGAGCAUAGUCUUCGUCGGCGAGCCGGAAAAAUAUUACCAAAUUCCCUGGCAGGACUUUUCUUUGGUAUAAUUUCGAAUCUUUUUCAUCUUGCUCGAUCGGUCAAUACUACCUCCUGGCCUUCCCUUCAACCUUUGACCUUGUUCAUUGAUUUUAGUUUGCGUCUUAGUUAUAUGGGAAAUAGUGUUCUGUUCCAAACUGGUACCGAGCGGCAUCUUCAUGAAUACUCAAACACACAGGUAUGGCGAGAAAAAAAUCCUCUCUCUCCAUGAUAGUUGUAGUACUCAGAGUGGAAUAGGUUACCAACGAAGCGACUUUGUGGGCGCAAAACCUAACUUGUUCACACAGUUUCGUCUUGCAUACAACACCAGUAUUUUAUCGGCAAUUUGUGUUGCGUGUGAGCCACAGCAGAGGUGGGGACCGCCCGGCCACCACGUCCUCCUCUGUCAUGCCCGAUGCCUGGACUGGUGCUGUUUUAGUACACCUCCUGAACAGAGCAGAUAGUAGGAGCCUGUGAUGUUGUAGCUGUCCUGGCGCAACACAAAUCUGCACUUUGACUUAUGACACUACAAGAACAUGCCAACAAGAACAAAUCUGCAUUGUCACAAGAUUUCCACUUCAGCACCGGGACGAGCGGGGAUUUUUUGUUUUGAUACGAAAUCGCGCAGAAGCACCGGGCAUCCAACUGGCUGAAACUACAAAGGCAGGCUGAUAUGACAGUACACAACUCCCCCUCCCCCUCAUUUGUAUAGCAUGAACGGCAAUACAAACAUCAGCAAGAGUGCCGGUUUUGCAUGACAGAUUUGCGCUGGAUAAUAGUGCUGUUUGGGCUUCCAGGACUUGUCAUGCAAACAGUGCUGCAAGGCGAAGGCAGCAGCUGGAUUUGGGAUUUUGCAAUUACAAAUGAGGAGGAGGGGGAGUUGUGCACUGUCAUAUUUGAGGAGGGUGAUGCUGAAGAAAAGAAAGAUCAAGAGGAAGCAGAUGUUGAUAUGAAAUUCUCAAGCGUUGCAUUGAAUGAUAUCGGCUAACGCAUGAUGAGUUUGCUAUUCCAAAAUUGCAAAAUUGAAGGAGGGGGAUUGCGCGCCAUGCGCGAAAAAUCUGGAACGUCGGAUGUCCAUGCCGUUUUGCGCUUUGAGAACUGCCUGCCAUUCAAGGUAGCUUGAACCUUUGGAGGCUGGUAGAUUUUCCAUGACAAAUGACGUGUACAGCAAUCAGUGUAACGCUUGAGAACCCCCAUACAAGAAGAGGAGGAGGUGGAGGAGGAGGGAGACGCACAGGAAGCGGAGGAGGAAGAGGCGAGCCUUCUCUACCGCUAGUGCGGCCGAUGUGUUUUUUAUCUUUGAUAGCUUGGUGGAAGUGACUUUUGAUUCGCGAGAAAAGAGCAUCUACUUUUUCGACCGCAAAUAAAACCAACGCCCUCUACUACUUCGUUUGUCGCACUCUUCUAGGAGUUUUUCUAGAUACUCUUUCGAGAGACGAAAUGUGUAGAGUUUUAGCGCCAAAAGAGACGCAACCUUGAGCACGGCCGGCGUUGCAGAAAACACUCACAGCUCGCAAUGGUGAGCAGAGACAUGUACUUUGCCUUUUCGACAAACGCAACGAAAGAAACCUUCCUGAUUUUCAGAUUUGUGUGUACAGAAAGAGAAUAACCUCAAGCGACACGCGUCUCCGCUGCGACGAUACAG